AUGUUCACACCCCAUCCACUCAACACACAAGCACACACCGUGCAUGGACCCCACUACCCGGAGACUGCUGAACGCCCCACCAAGGGCACAGAGGUGCCAGUGACCCAGGACAGUCCAAGAGAGACCACCAAGAGUCGCAGACAAGCCAUGCACCUCGAGACAGCUCCUACAAUCACCAGAACAGCAGGGACUGUGCCCCGGCGACACAUCCAUCACUGUGGCAGACCGCAGGAGAACCGGGACCAACAUGAGGCAGAGUGCAACCACGCCCCCAAGGCACAACCCACCACCCCGACCAAGGGCCCCCCCGCCUAUCCUGGCCAGCGCCACGCAGAGCACCAUCCCAACCGCCACCUGCCCUGGCACCCGCGCACCGAUAGCCAGCACAAACAUCUACCGCACCGCAGCCGCCCCCCGACUGAAGGGAGAGAAGCAGGGAAUCCCCCACCUCAUCACCGCACCUCCCCCACCCAGAUCCCAAGCUGCACAACCGAUACCCCACCUCCCACACGCACUCUCCAGGCGCCUCACCCGGGGAAACAACCACAGUCAGAGUGUAGCCAAGCCAGAGCACCCGGGGUAAACCCCGGCCAACCCCCAGAGGCGAGGGAGGCCGCGGAGGAACCAGCUCUACUGAGCACACACAGGCCCCCCCGGCAGCAGCAGACCCCCACCACCCCCGCGAUGCGGCACCCCGUCUACCCACCACUCCGAGGGACGUCCUGCACCGCCCCCGGGAUGACCACCACCACCCCACCCAUGCCCCAUCCCCAGAUGCGGACAGAUGCGGACAGCCCCACCCCACCAACCCCCACCAGAACCCACAGGGGGUCAGCCCAGCGAGCAGGGACAGAGACACCCGGCACCCAACCGGCCCACCCAUGCCCCAAGCCAGAGGAACAAGUUUUCUAA